CAUAACAUUGUUCUUCGUGCUAAUCUCCUUGGCUCUUUCUGUUUCUGUCAUUUAGGGUUUGUGAGUGUUGUCAAUGGCUUCUGCAGAAGUUGAGUUCCGAUGCUUUGUCGGUGGGCUUGCUUGGGCCACUGACAACGAUGCUCUCGAGAAAGCCUUCUCACCGUAUGGCCAGAUCCUCGAAUCGAAGGUCAUCAACGACCGUGAAACUGGAAGAUCAAGAGGGUUUGGAUUUGUGACCUUCGCCACGGAGCAGGCGAUGAGAGACGCUAUCGAUGGUAUGAACGGCCAGAACCUUGACGGCCGUAACAUCACCGUCAACGCGGCUCAGUCCCGUGGAAGAGGUGGUGGAGGCGGCGGUGGUUAUGGAAGCGGCGGUGGAGGUUACGGUGGGGGUGGCGGUGGAGGAGGAUAUGGACGAGGUGGUGGUGGAGGUGGUUACGGUGGAGGCGGCCGCCGUGAAGGUGGUUAUAACCGUAAUGGUGGUGGUGGUGGUUAUGGCGGGGGCGGCGGUGGAUACGGAGGUGGUGGUUAUGGAGGUAGCAGGGACCGUGGAUAUGGUGAUGGUGGGUCCCGCUACUCGAGAGGAGGUGGUGCUUCCGAUGGUGGAAGCUGGAGGAAUUAGGGUUAUUUUGAUUUAGGGUUUAGUGGCUGAAAACAGGGGAGGGUGUUGUGUCUUCCUCCCCUUGAUAUAUUGUGGUAAUUUUAGGUUUGGAAUAUCUUUGUGGUUUGAGCACCUGUUAUUGUUUCAGUGUUACUGUCCAGUGGUUAUCGUUUUUGACCUCUAAAUUAAUAUCCAAAAAAAAUGAAUAGUCAUUAUUAUGUCUA